UGUUUAUCCGUUGGAGAAAUUCGUCCCAAUGAAUCGGUUUUUCGCAUUUUGGACGUUGAAUUUUAUUCGCUCACUAACGACGCGUGGGACCAUUCAACCAGUAAUACGUAUGAUGAGAAAGGAAUUUCGAUGGCACAAUACGAUCAGGUGCCACAACAACAGUAUUAUGAUCAUCCUUGCAAUCAACUGAAAAAAUUUCUUUCGAAUGGACAUUUUUAUUUUUCCUCGAACUUCGAUUUGACUAGAUCAUUGAAUGUCAGAACUAUGCAGUCCUCGGCAGACAAAUACACUUUUGAUGAUUAUUUUCUGUGGAAUAAAUUCAUGAUCAAAGAAUUAUUGAACUUUCGAUCAAAACUUAGCAAAUCGGAGCGAAAAGAGAUGGAUGGUGGCGGUUUUUUGGUGCUUACCAUUCACGGGUAUGUUGGAAGCCAACGUGCAACUCUCGGGUCCGAAGAAGUUACGAUUUCGGUGAUAUCGAAAUUAAGUUGUAAGCGUGCUGGUACACGAUACAAUACACGUGGGCUCGAUGACGAUGGAAACGUGGCGAACUUUGUUGAGACGGAAACAAUUUUGCAGAUGGGGACAACGUGUUAUUCAUAUGUACAAAUUCGAGGCAGUGUGCCAGUGUUCUGGGAACAACAAGGUCUUCAAAUGGUAAAUCACAAAAUACAAAUAUCACGUGGUCCUGCGGCAACCCUGCCAGCCGUCGAACGACAUUUUAAUGAACUGCAAAGCAGAUACGGUGAGGUGCAUAUCGUAAAUCUCCUUGGAGUUAAGGAAGGAGAAGCUGUUCUGAGCGGGGAGUACAGAAAACGGAUAGAGGAUCUGAAUGGCAAUGGAUUAGAGAAUAGGGUGCAAAUGACGUCAUUUGAUUUUCAUACAGUCUGUAAAAACAAUUAUGAAAAUGUGAAUCUGUUGCGUAAUGAGAUCGAGGGAAGAUUAGAAUCCUUCGCAUUCUUUGUCAUAGAUGUAGAAUCGAAUACACCUAUCUUUUAUCAAAAAGGUGAAGCUAAGCAAAGAUUAAUUUGUUCAUGUAAAAAAGUCUGGAUAGUUAGAACGAACAUUGUCCAGAAGGUUAUAUCCAAAGCUACUUUGGAAAUUUAUAUAGGACAAAUACAACCUAUCGAUUGUCCCGAAGUUGAGACUCUAUAUUCUCGACAUUCUUAUCUAUGGGCAGAAAAUGGGGAUAGUUUAUCAAAGAUAUAUACUGGUACAGGUGCUCUGAAGUCGGAGUACACUCGCAGUGGAAAAUAUACAUGGGCAGGAGUUUUAAAUGAUGCUACCAAAACGAUGAAUAGAUUUUACAUUAACAAUUUUCAGGAUAAAUCAAAGCAAGAAGUUAUUGAUAUAUUGCUUGGAAAGCUUUUGAACUCCAAGGCAAUCGAAAUUCAUGAUCCGGUGAACGAAAUGGUUCGUCUAGACAUGCAGAAUAGACUGAAGGACUUUUCGGAAAAAUCAACGAUAACCGUUUUCGUUGGUACUUACAAUUUAAACGGGUCUCUACCUUCUGGAGAAUCGCUUGUGCCAUGGCUUUUUGCUUUCAGCGAUUAUGCGCCUAGACCACAUUUAUUCAUAAUUGGUUUUCAAGAAAUUGUAGAGUUAAUGCCUCAACAGAUAGUUUCGGCUGACCCGGAGAAAUUGCGCAUUUGGGAACGAGAAAUAAGUAGGACACUUAACCAGAAAUUGGAUCAAGAUUUCGAAUAUGUAAUAAUAAGGUCCGGUCAGUUGGUUGGAACGGCAUUGAUAAUCUACGCGAGGGCUGACAUUGUAUCAAAUAUACGUAACGUUGAAUACAUUAUGAAAAAGACAGGUUUGGGUGGAAUGGCAGGUAACAAGGGUGCAGUCGCUAUCCGUCUCGAUUAUAAUGACACCAGCAUGUGCUUUGUGACCGCGCAUUUUGCUGCUGGCCAUUCUAAUUAUGAGGAUAGAAAUAAAGAUUAUAUGACGAUCAACGAAGGCUUGAUUUUUAGAAACGGUCGCAAGCUCAAUCAUCACGAUUACGUCAUUUGGUUGGGUGACUUUAAUUAUCGAAUAUCUUUGGAUAACGAUAAGGUUCGAAGACUUGUCGCAACCGAUUUUACAGAAUUGUUGUGUGAAGAACAGCUGAUAAGAGAAAACACAAUGGGACGUGCAUUCACCGAUUACAUUGAAGGUCCCAUCACAUUCCCCCCUACUUAUAAGUAUGACAGCAAUUCGGAUGAAUAUGACACAAGUGAAAAGCAGCGAAUACCUGCGUGGACGGAUCGAAUUUUGUACUGCGAUAAUAGAGGGAUUCGGCAGAUCGGAUAUACCAGAGCAGAAAUAAGAUUAUCUGACCAUAGACCAGUUAUGGCAUCAUUUGAAAUUGAAGUGAUUAGAUAUGACGAAGAGGAAAGAGAAAAAAUUAGUCGAGAACUUUAUUUGGAAAAGUUAAAGGUUGUGUCAAAGUAUGAUGACAAUACACACAAUAUAAAGAAGGGAGCGGAUUAUGAGAAUUUUAAUGAUGCCAGUAAAAACUGGAGUAAACUUGCUAAAAACGUUAAGAGGGUCAAUGAUCCAGUGAUGAUUGAUCGUAUUACAGAAGAAACCAAUCAUAAGGAUUUAACUGGAACUAAUGGUAAAAAAAGUGUCGCCGAAAAGGUUGAUAAAAAUGUUGGUCCGGCUGUUGGUAUUCUUAUCGACCUGUUCGACGAAGAUAAGGGUAACAAACAGACUGUCCUUCCUCAGACCACUGAACAGGCUCGAAGGUUGACAGAUGACUUGGCACCCGAAUCAUCGGUGGUUGCGGACAGAUAUAUUAAGAAUCGAGGAUUGCAUUCUCCGAGUGAUAAAGUAAAACAUAAGGAGAAACCGCCAAUACCAGAAAAACCCUCAAACCUGUCUCAGAAAAAAUCACCACCAUCACUGCCACCACGUAAACCAUUGGUAACACCGAAAUCAGAAAAAGCUGUCACUCUGAGAAGGGACAAUACAUCAUUUGAGAGAAAUGUUCCUUCGCAGACCGCUAAACCUGCGAUACCUAAAAGGUAUGAGAAGUCUAACAGCAUUCCGAGGAGAAAUUCUUUUGAUGACGAUUGGCCGUCACAUUAUGCGAAAAAAGUCGUGUCCAAACAGAAUGGCGGGUUAAAUGACAAUCCAAGAAAAAAUAUGUUUGUUGAGGAUGAUGACGUAUUUUUGGCAAGUGCCCCAAUGUUCAAUAAUUUUUCCACAGACAACGGUUUUCCAACUGAAGUAAAAUUAAUCAGGAAAGAAGCUUCAGGUUCGAAGAAAGCACCUCCGAUUAAACCAAAACCAAAGUCGAUUAAAAAUACGUCCCCCCAAGAAACCGAAGCAUUAAAUGAUAGUAAUACAUUGAUUGACGUUUCUUCUAAUGACUCCCCGUCGAAUCUGAGGCAAAC